GACAUCCAAAACAUUAAUUCUCGAUAAGCCAUCUCCUUUCACCCAUCGCUCUCUCAUCACAAUGAGGAAGCCAGAGCCCUCCUCUGCAGCAGCAGGCAAGAACAACAAAGAGAACAACUCCAACAGUAAGCUCCGAAAGGGUUUGUGGUCGCCGGAGGAGGACGACAAGCUGAUGAGGUAUAUGAUCAACAAUGGCCAAGGUUGUUGGAGCGAUGUGGCAAGAAACGCUGGCCUGCAGAGGUGCGGCAAGAGUUGCAGAUUGCGCUGGAUCAAUUACUUGAGGCCCGACCUUAAGCGAGGUGCCUUUUUGCCCCAAGAAGAAGAGCUCAUUAUCCAUUUGCAUUCUCUCCUUGGAAACAGGUGGUCACAAAUUGCAGCCCGGCUGCCAGGAAGAACUGACAAUGAAAUAAAGAGGAACUCAACAAUAAAGAAAAGGUUAAAGAAUUUGUCAUCCUCCAAUGGCUCACCAAACACAAGCGACUCAUCCCCAGAGGCUAAAGAUCAUCGUGUGGUGGCAGCCAGUAGGUUCAUUAUUCCCGGCCAAGAACAUGGCAUGGUGCCAAUUUACAUGGACUCAACAUCUUCAUUCAUGCAAUCUGCGGUCCUCAGCCACAUGUUCGAUCCAUUUCCUGCACUCGAUAUUGAUCAGGGUGGCCUAACCUUGCCCGGUGCAGGUGGAUACUACAACGCCAACCCAUGCAUAACACAAAGGGAGAUUGGAGUCGGUGGUGGUGAUGAUUGUUAUAAUUUUGGAGGAAACGGAGGGUUUGGGAGUGGGGAUGUUGAUAUUGGGGUAGAAGGAGAGAUAUUUGUCCCUCCCCUUGAGAGUGUCAGCAUUGAAGACCAAAAUAUUAAAACUGAAACCACCUAUGGGGAUAGUAAAAAUAAUAACAUUUACUACAAUAAUAUAAAUAGCAUCCUCACCUGCAAUAAAACUAAUAAAAAUAUUAAAGGUGAGAGCAUAAUUGGGGUUGGGAAUUACUUUGACGAUGAUCAGGAAGAGUUAACAAUGGGGGACUGGGACUUGGAGGAUUUGAUGAAAGAUGUUUCAUCUUCCUCCUUUCCUUUUCUUGACUACCAAAGUUGAGUAAUUGCCUUCAAAUAUUCCAACAUCUUUUUUUCCUUUUUCUUUUUAAUUUUCUUCACAUAAUCUUUAUUUUUUGUCCUUUUUUUAUUAUUUGAGAAUCUCCUUUUAUUCCUAAAGGUUAAUAGAAAAUUACUCCUAGUCAUAGACUGCAGAAGUACCACAGCAGUGUUUAUUCUACUUUCAUAUUACCACAUGGUAUAAGAAGGCAAGGUAGCUUAGAUAAAGUGGGACAGUGGUCUGAAAUAAAGGUCACACUUGAGUAUAUGUAAAGUGGUAAGGAAGAGUCUUUUAUGUAUCUGCUUUUUUCAUGGCGCUGAGAUGCUUCAAGUAGUGUGAUAUUUUGUGAAGGAAGAUGUGAAUAGCUACAUAAAAUGUAGGGAGAGAUGCAUCAAGGUUAAUCAUAAUAAUUAGUUGGUAUGUAUAUCAAUUGUGGCUAUUAUGAGAUGUACAAAAUAAUGGCAGGUGGAAUUUUUAUCAAUGGGUGAUAAGUAGGUUUGUACUACACAUUUGAUGAAG